AUGUCUUUCCUAACAUCCUUUUUGCUUGACCUGGCUGGAACGUUUGGAACCGUGAAUACCACUGAUUCACCUACUACGACGGAGGAAUGUAACAGUGAGGUGGCAGACGGUAAUGCUUACAACAUAUUCAUUGUUCCGGCUGUGUUAGAAAUACUUUUUCUUGCUUUUACAAUCAAGAGGACUCACAGAAAAUUAGAAUGUUGUGGCGGCAAACCCGGUUUAGUAAGUCCAAUGGAUAUCUUUGAAAUGGAACACCGCAUAUCUUACACAGCAGCGUUUGGGUCGAUAGCCUUCCUCUGUAGUGAAGUCAUACUGGAAUCGAAAUACGUCAUAACAUACAACGGCCCAGGAGGUUAUAGAGUGUUCGUAAUUAUCCUCUCCGUGAUAGUGUACGGGAUAGCAUGUUUCCCUUUGUUCGUCGCUCUUUCUCUCCGAUCCGUAUUUAGUUAUGGUUUCGGAACACUUCACGUCUGGGGAUUCACGGUGAUAGCGUAUUACGAAACAUUUGCCUGUAGCAACGAUUAUGGAGCGAUAACAACUACCUUGUUAGUUCUCCGGAUCAUGCCAAAGCUUGUGUGUCUCACCUACUUGUCUGUGGUGUUACCUGUACGUUUCGUUAAGACACUGCAAGAAGUUAUAUCGAAACCAAGAGCUGUGCAGGACGUGAACGACACCACGAGCCACGAGGACAAAAUAAGACGUAUAAGGAAAUCGAUAAUUGGAAGGCAUAUUCAGAAAAACUUUAUGUUACCUCGACCAAAGAAAAUUGUUGUUGAACCAGGGAUAAAGGGAAAACUUAGGGCGAUUAUAAAACCUAUCCUGAAAUCUUGGAUAUAUAAAAAUAAUCCAGAGUUUAAAUAUUCGUCUAGAUUCCUUUCUACAGUCGGGGUCAGCUUUAUCAUAGUCUACAAGUUGACUGUGGAGAUAUUGAUAAUUAUCAUUCCUACGAUAGACGUAUUCCUACAAUAUCUGGUGGAUUUGCUAGAGACCAAUCCGUCAGUUUCCCUCCAGGAUACCAUCUACAUGACCUACUAUUUGGUCGAAGCUUACAGGUCCUGCAUCAUAGCAGCAACUGUUGUGGAGUGUGUCCUAGCUAUGUUGAUUCUCUUACACAUCAUAUCAUCAUACAGGAAAUAUCUCCUGGCUUUACAUAAGGGCAUAACUCAUCACAUCCCAGCUCGCGAGGACGGGGCUAACGCUCGGCUUGUGGUUGGAACAAUGAGGUACAGUGGCUAUCAAGUUGGAUACACAACGUGGUCCUAUUUUAUACAAUGGUGUCUCCUGUUAAUAUUCUGCAUGGUCGUCGCCACUGUCAUUAUUCUUUAUCAACAAGGUUACGGAUAUUUGAUAACAAACAUAAUCGUUUCCGUCUGGUCAAUCCCGGUUACAACGCUAAUAAUCAACAUCGCGCAGACUCAGAUAUCAAAGUUCGUAUUUCUUCAGGAAAAAGAUGAAGUACUAGCCCUUGAUAACAGACGAGGUUUCUUCAUCUUUACUUAUUUCAUGUUUUAUUACAACAUUUUUCUGGGGCUGGUGUCUUGUUUGUUGAGGAUUAUAAAAUCGAUCAUACUGGGAGCCCUAUUCCUUGGGCGACUUGACCACUCCACACUACCCAGGAGGUUUCAGUUGUUGGACCCAGGUUUUGACGCUUUUGUUGGGUUCUUACAUAUGGAAAAUGCCCACCGACAUCCUGUUGUACUGGCCUUCAUUUCUAUCUUACAAGUCUAUGUUCCACAUAAGGAUAUUUGUACGUCAUCUCCAGAAAUAACCACGUCAUCCGGUUCAGCAAUAGAUUUAAUGGGAAAAGAUAGCAGGAGAAAACGAAAGGUACAUCAUCGUUGGCAUCUUUUCUACACAUUGCAUAACAACCCCAACCUGAGGACACUCCGGAAACGGACUUUAAAAGCAUUCGAAGAAAAACUCCAGGCAGAGGAAGAGUUGAGAAAAGCUAGGAAGAGGAGAGAUAACCUAGCGAUUUAUGGUGAACCAGAAGUUGUCCAGAUCCACUUGCCAGAAAAGGAAAAAACCCUCUAUAGCGAAAUCCAGAUUUCAACGUAG